AUGGCUGCCAACAUCACGCCCUCGAAGAAGGUUGCCUCAGCCAUGGACUCCCUCAAGAUGGAAUCUCCCGUCAAGAAGCUCGACUUUGCCGCCGGCAAGGAGAACGCGCCCUUCGAUGCCGACCUCGAGACCCUCGCUAGCCAGAUCGACUCACAAAAGCCCGCCGUUGAGCAGAGCAAAGAGGUCUCUCCCAACAACGCCGAGUUCGCCAACAUCAAGGCCAUGGAGGCCGAGGAACCCCUCCUCCAGGAGAAUCCCCAGCGCUUCGUCCUCUUCCCCAUCAAGUACCACGAGAUCUGGCAAAUGUACAAGAAGGCCGAGGCCUCUUUCUGGACCGCCGAGGAGAUUGACCUUUCCAAGGAUCUCCACGACUGGAACAACAAGAUCAACGAGGAUGAGAAGUACUUCAUCUCUCACAUCCUGGCCUUCUUCGCCGCCUCCGACGGCAUUGUCAACGAGAACCUGGUCGAGCGCUUCAGCGGCGAGGUCCAGAUCCCCGAGGCGCGCUGCUUCUACGGCUUCCAGAUCAUGAUGGAGAACAUUCACUCCGAGACCUACUCUCUGCUCAUUGACACCUACGUCAAGGAGCCCGCCCAGCGGACCCACCUGUUCAAUGCUAUUGACACCAUCCCUGCCAUCCGCAAGAAGGCCGACUGGGCUCUCAAGUGGAUCUCCGACAGAGAGUCCACCUUUGCCCAGCGCCUCAUCGCCUUCGCUGCUGUUGAGGGUAUCUUCUUCAGCGGUGCCUUCGCCUCCAUCUUCUGGCUCAAGAAGCGUGGCCUCAUGCCCGGCCUCACCUUCUCCAACGAGCUCAUCUCUCGUGACGAGGGUCUCCACACCGACUUUGCCUGCCUCCUCUUCUCCCACCUCAAGCACCGCCCCAGCAAGAAGCUGGUCGAGGAGAUCAUCGUCGAUGCUGUCAAGAUUGAGCAGGAGUUCCUCACCGAGGCUCUGCCCUGUGCUCUGCUCGGCAUGAACUCGAACCUCAUGAAGCAGUACAUUGAGUUCGUCGCCGACCGCCUGCUUGUCGCUCUCGGCAACGAGAAGGUCUACCGCGCCACCAACCCCUUCGACUUCAUGGAGAACAUCUCCCUUGGCGGCAAGACCAACUUCUUUGAGAAGCGCGUCGGCGAGUACCAGAAGGCCGGUGUCAUGGCUAGCACAAAGAAGCCCGUCCCCACUGAGGACACUGCCUCGCCCUCGAACGAGGCUGCCUCUCAUGACAACAACGGCGGUGACUUCGCCUUUGACGAGGACUUUUAA